UUAUUAUUCAAUAUUUUACUAGCAACAAUUCACAAAGUUUUAUUUGUUAGUUUUAAGAGUAAAAUAAGUUGUAUUUUGUGGUACAAACUUAUAAAACAAACUUAUUUUAUUAAAAGUUUGAAAACUACUAUAAUAUCACCAUAUUAAUUUCUGACAACUAUAAGUUAUUAUAACAAAAUCAAUUAACUAAAUGAAGACCCCGAUCAAAGUGCUGAUCACCGGCGCCACCGGUAGCAUAGCCUACAGUUUACUACCGAUGGUGGCCAGCGGUCAGGUGUUUGGUAGUAAACAACCCCUAAUUAUACACCUAUUGGCGCGACGGGUGUUGCCAUUGAAGGGAGUGGUAAUGGAGUUGGAGGACUGCGCCUACCCUUUGGUCCGGCGGAUUGUGGCCACAGAUAACGAGUCCGUGGCCUUCAAAGACGUGGACUCGGUCUUCAUGUUGGCCUCAAUGCCCCGACACGAAGGUAUGCAACGCAAGGACCUCUUGGAGGCUAAUGUUAAGAUCUGCGCCGCCCACGGCCGAGCGCUGGCCAAAUACGCCUCACCCAACGUACGGGUGCUGGUGGUGACCAACCCGUGCAACACCUGUGCCCUCAUCACCGCCCAAUACGCCUCCCCAGUCAUACCCGCCCGCAAUAUAACCGCACUGAUCCGACUGGACCACAAUCGACUGGUGCACCAGUUGGCCGCCCGACACAAUCUGGACGACCCUGGUCAUAUCUCACGAGUCACUAUCUGGGGUAACCACUCGAGCACACAGUUUCCCGACUCGAGCAGCGCCUGUAUCGACGGCGAGCCCCUGCCGUUCAAAGGCCACGACACGGCUUUCAUGAAUACUGUGGCCAAUCGGGGCUUUGCGGUAAUCGCCGCGCGUAACAACACUUCGGCCCUAUCGGCCGCCAAAGGGGCCGCCGAUCACAUG